UUAAAUAAAUAGAUAUUUUCUAAUAAAUCUUUCUUCAUACACACUGUUAAGAAUGAGGCUUCCAUAUCUACCAACCGUAUGUUUGACGUUGUGUCUACUGUCUAGUUAUGUUUACUGCACUACUUACAGAGCCUAUUAUGCUGGUGUUAUAAUGUCCUUCAAUUAAAGCUCAUCAACACAGCACCUUCUUUUUCCUCACACAACUUCAUUGUUCUUAAUUAGUAGCAAUGAUUUUCUAAUAUGUAACCACUUCUUAGUUACUACUGUGUGGACCUAAGAAGUGGUCCUUUCAUUGGCUUUUAGCACAGAACUUUUAACAGUAGAAAGUGGGACAGUGGUCACAGGAUUUGUGGCGGGUAGUUCCUUUGAAAAAAAUUUGGAAGGAAACCCACGUUCCUAUUUAACAUCCUAACCGUCCCACAAACUACUCACAUGUCACACCACACUGAUCACUACCAUUAUCUUGCACUUUAGUUCUUAUCUUAAUCAAACAAUCAGAAACUGAAACUCAGCAAGAGAAAUCACAUUGCCAACACCAAAAUAUGAAGUGGGGUGGAAGAAAAAAUUCUUCAUCUUCUUCUUCUGAGCCUUCUUUCAUCUCUAAAACUCAAAAGGCAUCUCAUUUUUCUUGGCUGUCAAAGUUCAUGCAGAUGAGAAUCAAUUCAGAACCAAGUCCUGCAAAAAUCAAGCACAAGGAAAAUCGGAAUUCUACAUCUUCUGCUGGUAGUUCAUCUUCAUCACAUUAUUCUUGUAGGAAUGGAGAUAGAUUUUAUGCUGGAUAUGAUGGUGUUUUCAGGAAACAAUCAUGUGAAGAAGAUAGUACAGAUAAGAGAAGUAAAGAUUUUGAUGACAAUGUCAUUGCAUCCUCAAGUUUCCACAGUGGUAGAAGCAAUGCUAUGAGAAAUGGAAGAAGAGAAGGUGCCCCCCAGUUAAAGGAGAAGAGAGAAGAACAGAGAAAGUUGCUGAAUGAUCAAAAGGUUUCAAAUGAGAUGAUGGAUGAGUACAAUCGAGAAUUGGAAUAUGAGUACUUAAGGAGGAGAUUCGAGAGGAAAGCACAACAAGUUUUGCAAGCGCAGCUCUUGAAACUUGAAAGAGAAAUCAAGGAAGUUGAAUUUGCUUCAGGUAAAGAUGUGGAAAAAGAUGUGUUGCAAUUUGAAUCACCUAGAACAAUUUGCACACCACGAACACAUUCUUUUGCCUCUUCUGAUUCCAAGAAUUUUAGAAAUAUCGUAGAAGAUCGCGUGUUUAGUACACAGAAUUUCGAGAAAAAUGACAGCACAACUCGGAAGAGACUGAGUUCUGAGAAGCAGAAUUUGAAGGUAAAGAUUGAGAAACAGACGCAACCACUUCAUGUAAGCAGAGAAGUUCAGAGGAGGAAACCAAAGCACAGCUCCAAAGUCAGAAUUAACUCUCCAAGGAUGGCUUCCAUUUCCAAGGUUGAAAGUUGCAAAAUAAAGGCUAUAGAAGACAUGAGGAAAGCAAAACUGAAGGUGAAGAAAGAAAGAAAAGAAAUUGUGGAGGAAACACCAGAGUUAGAUAGCUUUGCAGUGAUUAAAAGUUCAUUGGAUCCAAAGCAGGAUUUCAGAGAUUCAAUGAUUGAGAUGAUCAUGGAGAAGCAGAUUAGUCAGCCACAAGAAAUGGAAGAGCUUUUGGCAUGUUAUCUGACUUUGAAUGCUGAUGAGUAUCAUGAUCUCAUCAUCAAAGUGUUCAGGCAAGUAUGGUUUGAUAUGAGCCAAUAUGGUUUGGGAAUUAAAUCAGAAAUGCAAUGGUGUUGCUAUGAAUAAAAAUCUGUCUAGUUGACUGGCUUAACCAGAAAUGUAAGUAGUUAUUCUGCAUAUAUUUGUUGUUCUUGUCAUGAUUUAAUUUUACUAGAAACUCAAUAUUCUAUCUACAUCUUUCACAAUUUCGAGGUUAGUUGUAACAGGAUGUGUAGUAACUUA